CCCCUUUCUUCGCACAGACGUCCUUCUUCUUCCUCCUCUUACGCAGCAGGAUGGCGGACCACGCAGCUCCCCUGAGCAUCUCUUUCAGCCAAAGGAACUUGACCACAGAGACUGGCAUACCCAGCUUAUAGCAGUGACUUUCUGGCACCUGCAGUAUUUAAUUUUGUAACACUUAUUUAUUACAGUAUUUUUUUUUUAAAUCAUACCUCAGUUUUUGUUUACAUAUCAAAGUAAAGAGUUGCUUGUUGGGAACCGCCAAAGUUAGUUAUCAUGGAGUCAACCACCGCCACUGUGAGGAGUUACAUCACCACUGUCCUGAGCAGCACGCCUUCAGGCCCCUUGGUGGAUUUCCUCUGGAUGCUAAUAUUAGGUUUCAUCAUAGCCUUCAUCCUGGCAUUCUCAGUGGGUGCCAAUGACGUAGCAAAUUCCUUUGGCACCGCCGUUGGCUCUGGGGUGGUGACCCUCCGGCAAGCCUGCAUCCUGGCAUCUAUCUUUGAGACGGUGGGCUCUGUGUUGCUUGGAGCCAAAGUAAGUGAGACCAUCCGGAAGGGGCUGAUAGACGUUGAAAUGUACAACACCACCCAAGAGCUGCUCAUGGCUGGCUCCAUCAGUGCCAUGUUCGGCUCAGCUGUUUGGCAACUAGUGGCUUCGUUUUUGAAGCUUCCCAUUUCUGGUACACAUUGUAUUGUCGGGGCAACAAUUGGCUUCUCUCUUGUUGCCAAAGGACAGGAAGGAGUCAAGUGGUCUGAACUGCUUAAAGUUGUGCUGUCCUGGUUCAUCUCCCCACUCCUUUCUGGCAUCAUGUCUGCUGUCCUGUUCUUUGUUGUCCGUAGGUUCAUUCUUUCCAAGGUAGAUCCUGUUCCAAAUGGAUUGCGUGCAUUGCCCAUCUUCUAUGCCUGUACAAUCGGGAUCAACCUCUUCUCCAUUAUGUACAGUGGUGCACCUUUGCUGGGCUUUGACAAACUUCCCGUCUGGGGCAUCGUCCUCAUAUCGGCGGGGAGCGCUGUUGUGUGUGCUCUCAUCGUCUGGUUCUUUGUCUGUCCAAGAAUGAAGAAGAAAAUUGAACAAGAGAUCAAAUCCAGUCCCUCUGAGAGUCCCUUAAUGAAGAAGAAGAGCAGCCUGAAAGAGCAGGAUGAGGCCAAGGUGGAUAAUAGGAUUGUUGAUGAUGAUGACCAGAGGAGUUCCCCUCCAGAAGGGGAGCCAUCCUCUGUGCCCCAAAGAGCAGCUGUGGAGGAAAGGGUGGUCUCCUUCAACCUGGGAGAACUGGAGGAGAUUCCAGAGGGGGAGCGGCUGCCUAGGGUGGAGAUGAAGGAGACCAGCAUUGACAGCGGAGCCAUGUCCUUUCCAAACGGGAGCCUUGCCCAAUUCAACCAGGCUGUCAGCAGCCAGAUGAGUUCCAGCGGGCAUUACCACACGGUGCACAAGGACUCUGGCAUCUACAAGGAGCUGCUGCACAAGCUCCACCUGGCCAAGGUGGGGGACUGCAUGAGCGACUCCUCGGCAGACAGCAAGCCCCUGCGGCGCAACAACAGCUACACCUCAUACACUAUGGCCAUCUGCGGAAUGCCCCUGGACUCAUUCCGGGUGAAGGAGGCUGAGCCAAAGGGAGCAGAUGAGGCGGAGAGGCUGGCGUGGCCUGGAUCAGAUUCCAAGAAGAGGAUCCGGAUGGACAGCUACACCAGCUACUGCAACGCCGUGGCCGACCCCCACCCGGCCGACGUGGACUUGAGCCAGGCAGAGAAGGGCGGCAGCAGCGGCUCCCUGGAUGAGUGGCACGACCAGGACAAGCCGGAGGUGUCCCUCCUUUUUCAAUUCCUGCAGAUCCUGACAGCCUGCUUUGGGUCCUUCGCCCAUGGGGGAAAUGAUGUGAGCAAUGCGAUUGGUCCUCUGGUUGCCCUGUACUUGGUCUACAAAACAGGCGACGUGUCUUCAAAGGUGGCGACACCGAUUUGGCUCUUGCUGUACGGGGGUGUCGGGAUCUGCACUGGCCUGUGGAUCUGGGGGAGGAGGGUCAUUCAGACCAUGGGGAAGGAUCUCACUCCCAUCACACCAUCUAGUGGCUUCAGCAUUGAGCUGGCAUCUGCUUUGACCGUAGUAAUUGCUUCAAAUGUUGGCUUGCCUAUCAGCACGACUCACUGCAAGGUGGGUUCUGUGGUCUCUGUGGGAUGGCUACGCUCCAAGAAAGCCGUGGACUGGCGCCUGUUCCGCAACAUCUUCAUGGCCUGGUUCGUCACAGUCCCAAUUUCUGGUCUCAUCAGUGCUGCCAUCAUGGCACUGUUCAAGUAUCCCAUCCUAGGGCGAUGAAACAGACGUGCCGGACACCCCGUAGCUUUGCUGCCCACAAGCGCCUGUCUGCAUAUCCUUGCCAAGUGGCUGAAACAGUGUUAGGGUGACUCCACCAUGUGCAAGAGGGGCCGGUUGUCUUCUUGAUGCUGUACCUGCUUUUACGCGUAAAUCUCUCGUCUUGGAACUAGAGAAGUCCCACUUCUGCUGGGCUGUGAAUAA